CAUCAUCUUCCCCAAUCACUUACACUUGUGAUUUUCUAUCAACCAUUCCUUCAAUCAGGUGAAAUAUGAUUUCUCGAAGCGAAGAAGGAGAAGGAAAUUCAAAACGAAAAUGGUCCUUACAAGACUUCGAGAUCGGUAAACCCCUCGGCAAGGGCAAAUUCGGUAGGGUCUAUCUCGCCAGAGAAGUCAAGAGCAAAUACAUUGUGGCAUUGAAAAUCAUAUUCAAGGAACAAUUAGAAAAAUACAGGAUCCACCAUCAGUUGAGGAGAGAAAUGGAAAUUCAAACCAGUCUUCGCCACCCCAAUAUACUGCGGCUUUACGGCUGGUUUCAUGAUAGUGAACGUAUUUUCUUGAUUCUUGAGUAUGCUUAUGGGGGUGAGCUUUAUAACGAGCUUAGAAAACAUGGUCAUUUCAGUGAGGAACAAGCUGCUACAUACAUUGCUAGUUUGACAACAGCGUUGGCAUAUUGUCAUGAGAAACAUGUAAUUCAUAGAGAUAUCAAACCAGAAAAUUUGCUGCUUGAUCAUGAGGGUCGGUUGAAGAUUGCAGAUUUUGGAUGGUCGGUACAAUCCAGAAGCAAGAGACACACAAUGUGUGGAACUCUGGACUAUUUGGCACCAGAAAUGGUGGAAAAUAAAGCUCAUGAUUAUGCAGUGGAUAACUGGACUUUGGGUAUUCUUUGUUAUGAGUUCCUCUAUGGUGCUCCCCCAUUUGAGUCCGAGAGUCAAAGCGAUACAUUCAAAAGGAUUAUGAAGGUUGACCUAAGCUUCCCAUCCACUCCUAAUGUCUCAAUGGAGGCUAGAAAUCUCAUCAGCCGGCUUCUUGUUAAGGACUCCUCAAAACGGCUCUCUCUUCAGAAGAUCAUGGAGCACCCUUGGAUUAUUAAGAAUGCGAACCCUACGGGUACUUGCAAAAAAUAGAACUUGUAGUAUUUUUAGAUUCAAUGUUGUAAAAGCUGUUAACAGAUUGCAAUUCAGCUGUGAAUGUAUUGUUCAAACUGGGAUGAUAAUCAUCACUUUAUUCUCUUUUGUGAUGAAUUAAGCUCUACUUUUGUCCA